UUGGUUCAUUAUAUUUGUGCAUUAUCACACUUAGGCCAUUUCUAUCUAUUGAAAGGUUUGUACCGAAUGUACUAGGCCCACCUAAGGCUAAUACUAGAUACUGCCAUAAAACGGGCUGUUGAACAAAAUACAAAAGCCAACAGAACCAUACACAGGCAGAACAUGUAGGACUGUAAGUUAGAAGUCUGUUGUCUCAGGUUCAGCUUCUUAAAUGGUUGAUGGUUAGCAGCACAUCAGAUAAUCAUCUUAUGAAUCAUCCGCAUAGGGUGGUGCUCACACAGUUCACCAAUAGUGACACAUCCUUGUACCACAACCAUACUACCAACUGUUGUGAAACAUCCUUAAAUUCACAACAGAACUCUAGCUUAAUAACCUCUAUUGGAACUCAAACACAGUGCAAAAGCAAACAAAUAUUUACUUGUCCAACACCUGCUUCCCACCUAAUCUCUCUUACAGUUCCUAGAUACAGUUGAAGUCGGAAGUUUACAAAACUAGUUUUCCAACCACUCCACAAAUGUAUUGUUAACAAACUAUAGUUUUGGCAAGUUGGUUAGGACACAAGUAAUUUUUCCAACAAUUGUUUACAGACACAGUGAAUUAUAAGUGAAAUAAUCUAUCACAAUUCCAGUGGGUCAGAAGGUUACAUACACUAAAUUGACUGUGCCUUUAAACAGCUUGGGAAAAUUACAGAAAAUGUCAUGGCUAUAGAAGGCUAAUUGUCAUAAUUUGCGUCAAUUGAAGGUGUACCUGUGGAUGUAUUUCAAGGCCUAACGUCAAACUCAGUGCCUCUUUGCUUGACAUCAUGGGGAAAUCAAAAGAAAUCAGCCAAGAACUCAGGAAAACAAUGGUAGACAAUGGUAGACCUCCACAAGUCUGGUUCAUCCUUGGGAGCAAUUUCCAAACAUCUGAAGGUACCACAUUCAUCUGUACAAACAAUAGCACGCAAGUAUAAACACCAUUGGCCAACGUAGCCGUCAUACCGCUCUGGAAGGAGACGCGUUCUGUCUCCUAGAGAUUAAAUGUCAGGAAUUGUGAAAAACUGAGUUUAAAUGUAUUUGGCUAAGGUAUAUGUAAACUUCCGACUUCAACUGUAUAUCUUUGAUUCACAAGAGAUACUGAUUACUAAUCUAAAUCAAAGGCUUGUAGACUGCAAUGCAUAACUAUGGUUAGAUUAACUUUUGUUCCAUAUCAUUGCUGAAGUUGAUUCAUGUUGUGAAUGUAUUUUAGCUUUGAUCUGUGCUUAUGGUGCCUUUCCACAGAGGCCUCGCAUUGCAAAGAGUGUGUCUACCAAGGUGAAUGUUCAUUGCCAAACAAGAAAAGAUUGACUCCGCUAAAUAUUCAAUCGUCUAUGAUUUUAAAAAGUCAAUGAAUAAAAACUGUACAUCUAAAAGAAAGUUCAUUAUGCUAUUGUUUAUCACAAUUUAAAUGAAUAAAUAACUGCCCAUUGAAACCAUAGCCAUAUAUCAAGAAACUGUUUGUUUUGCUUAUUGUAUGCAGUUGAUCACUAAUUCACUACGGUGAUCCAUGUAACAUGUGACCAACUCUGUCCUCAAUAUGGUGUAGAAGCCAAGAAAGCAGAAGUAGAGGUUGAAUCGAGCUGAUUUUGCAAAGGCCUGCAGCAGCUGCUCCUUCAACAUGCAAAAACAUGUGGUUUUCACAACUUUUGAUAUGGCGACAUCAUAGCUUCUGUUACAUGGCUUUUAGACAGUAGGAACAUAAAGCAUGUACUGUAGCUGCCACUAAUAAAGGAUACACAUGGAGUAUGAGCACGGUCGUCUUAGUUAUAUUCAGAGUUAAUGUAUUCACAUCUAAAACAUUGCAGUGCCUCGACACAUCCAGUGACUUGAUUCUGUUUUGCAAAGACUCUGUUGCCUUUUUCGUGUGGAUGGAGCGGAAAUGUGUGCGGAAAGUCUGAGGUUUGAGACAGGAAGCCUGCAGAGCUCAGAUAACGACACCUGACAAGCGCUCCUGUUUGCAGUUCAGGCCUCUAUAUUCUUUAAAUAACUUUGUGACAAAAACAACUGACUUUAUCUGGAUGUUUUAGAAAAUAUCCAUGUUUCAGUAGAUGGGCCAUCAUAUUUACGUUUUAAAAGUGUGUGUGUGUGUGUGUGUGUACGUGCGUGCUCCAAAAUUACGCUCUCUAUGUCACUGUAUUAACAUCCAUUUUCAGUAACCAGAAGUAGCCUAUUUAUUCCCUCCCUCAGAUUAUCUGAAUAGUAGCCUAAGUAUGUUAGUCCUAUAUGUUGUAAUAGCUAUAGGGUAUGAAGAAAAGUAAUAAUCAUUUCGUUGUACGUUUCUGGAAGUGAUUUGAUUUCAGUGGACACCUGCAAUGCGUGAAAGUAGGCUAAAGUUGUUGGUCCAAAACGUAUACAUUUUAAUCAAGUUUAAUAACAUGUUAAUGUAAAUGGCUUAUUCCAAUGCCUUAGCUACUUCAAAAUAUCAUCAACAUGGAACCAAUUUCAAAACAUGUUAAAUCGUUUAUUUCGUUUCAUUAUUAGCCUCAAUUGAUGUGUUUCGUUCUGCAAAUAGGCUGAAUUGAUCGUGAUGUUUAUAACCUUGGCAGAAUUUCCAUUAGUUGUGUUAGUGCCUUUUUUUCUCAAAGUUGAAGGUCCUUGUUGCUUUACAGGACACGCUAUUUAAUCGGGCGCUACAUAUUUUGUCGAACUAUUCGUUAACUGUUUGGUUAAAUUCACUCUUAAGUUAAAAUAAUAAUCGGUAUUGCUAUAACAAGGAAUACCUCAAUACCUUAUAUUUGUAAUUGAUGCUGUUCGGUUGUCUUGGUCAGGGUUUUUGCCCCACCUUCAUGACAAAAAUGCGUUUCAGAACCAUUAGAUAAGUCAAUAUUUUAUUCAUUCCAAAUCUAGUAGCCUAGUUAUUCUCAUCAAUUUCGAUAAGCUUGAGAUCGUCCCUACAUUACCCCCAUUUUAAUAAUUCGAUUAAAGAAGAGUCAUUUCCUGAAGUUCUUUUGUUAAUUGGAUAAAAUAAUCCUAACAGUUAUUCAUAUGUUGUGGUAAUUAUGAUUUAAUGUCGAAAGAAAUGUAAAAUAUGAAAUACCAGUCAUCUCAUGGAUUUCGAUCCUCCAACUCUAUGGAAAGUAGCCUUCUACUCCAAAUACGUUCCAUGGCGCCAAGACACCUGCCACGAGCGCGCUCCAAUAAACUUGUACUGAUCAAGAUUGCUUGUAUGCUGUGUAAUGUGCCUCAAAGGUGUCGUCUUUAUCAUCAAUUGGGACAGGUACAUCACUUAUUUUUAAAUCACCUUGAACUUUCUUUAAACUAGCAUAUGUGCUUUUAACCCAGAAACGUCUGCAUUAAACUUGAUUAAACGAAACAAUUAAAAUAGCGAGUUUUGCGCGCCCCUUUUUACGCGUGCAGUGCUGGACACCAUUUCGUUUUUAUCGGUGUGUAAAGAUGUAGUGGUUACUUGUGUUAUUAAAGAGCCGACAUACAACCACGAACGGGAAGGAAGAGGAACUUUUGUACAAGAAGGAAAGAGUGGGGACCUCGCAUCACCGCUUUGCCUCUCUCACUCAGCAAACAGAGACGUGCUAAACAACUCAGUGGGUGGCUGCGUAUCGUUUUCACAAGCGACAUAAAAACCAGUUCAAUCGCCUACCUUUAUCGUACAGUCCAUUGUAGCAGUCACUCAGUCGUUGAUUCUCAUUUAGUCAUUUAAACACGUUAUAACUAGUCUGGAUAGCCUGACUGAAUCGCAUCAACCCAUACACAAGCGCAUUUACCCUUUGGCGCAAACCAUUGCAGCAACAAUUCUUGCUUAGUCCAUAACCGGAUGGCAGCUUUUUUCUCUCUCUCUCACUCUAAAUUGGGAAGUGAAGUCACUCUAACAACGCAUUAGGGCUGGGUCCCUACUGGUGAAACGAAGUCCUUUUUAAUUUCUUAGAACAUUGCACACACAAACCUGCUGAUUACCCUACAAAUCAACGAUGACAAUCUUCCUAAUCUGACUGUGCCUAAAAGUUGAUGAGGCUGAUGAUUGGACAUAGAGCAAUAAAGGUGCAGAUAUGUUUGGGCUUCUAUAGGCUUUGCUCCGAGUGUUAUCAUUCAGCAAUGUUUUGAGAAAUAUUAUGCAUUUUGAGGUGCACAAACACAUUACAUAAUGUGUGUUCCAAGCAACAUGUAAUUUACAAAUGAAUGUAGGCCUAUUUCUAAUUUGUUAUUGGGCAUUGUUGAGAUGAAUACAUUCGCUUGUCAUUCAAAAGCCUGUUGCUUGCAACUUUCUAAACUUAAACUUGAAUAGCCUCACCAUAAUAACCAUAGUGGUAAUGAACAUUGUAUACCCUUCCUGUAGUUUUUUCUAAAUAUGACUCCGGAAAUUGCAACUGAUGUCAAAAAAAAAUCUCUGACCGCAAACUUGCACACUGUGAUAAAAAGAACCUCAUCACAAAGUAGGUUACAAAGUAAGACCGUGUUCCCCUUAGCAAACGAAUCAUCAAACGUUCUCUGACAAAUAACCAUCUAUCGUCAAUGUAGGAAAGGGCAUAUUUUAAGACCUUUACUUUCUUAGUCUGCAAGUCGGCCUAUAGAUGGUGACUAUAGAUAUGGCUAUAAUAUGAUAGACCCAAAUGCACUUCCGUGAGGUUGAAUGUAAAAGGUGACUUUAAACAAAUUCAUAAAACAUUGUUUUAUUAUUUAAUAGUGUGCAAAGUUAGACAAUAGAAGAUGUGAGUUUCUGUACUUCAUUAGAAAAGUGUCUUUUAAUGAUCAAUUUCCAUGGGUUUAUCAUGAAAGCUACCACACAUUGCUUAUGUCUCAAUCUGGCUUUAACGCAUGCAUGGAGUAACCUACUUUAGUUUGUCUAUCACCAUAAUAUGUUCAGAAAAUCGAAACUUUCUUUGGCCUUUUAUGUCAAAAUAAAUUCAACUAAAUAAAUAUCCCAGCUGAGAUGAUCCCAAGCCCUUUACAAGGCACAGCAUUAAUAGCCUACUAGUAUGCCUAGAUUUAGUAUGCAUUUUCUGUCUUAUACAUUUAAAUGUUUCCUCAUUUGUGGAAGGAAAUAACGAAAUAUAUUUGAACUGUCCCUUCAGUCCACUGAACAAUGUUUAGGCCCAUUUUUAUGUAUUAAGGUAAUCUAUGAGACAUUUUGAUUAAGGUUAUAGCAUUGUUCAGCUUUGUAAUAUUCUGGAGUUUUUCAUUGUGUCAUUCAGUUGGUAAACCAGUUGACUUGAUGAUGGACUCUUCAUCAUUAGGCCGGCCAGGAGGUUGUGUAACUCGAAACCCCUUGUGUCCUUGUUUGGAGACGGGGGGGUCCUAAUCACGAUUCGUGUUGUCUCCCACACCGUGCACGACUUGGCAGCUCACUUUUCCAGAUGUAUUUUUUUCUCUGCUGGGGAAAAUUGCGGUGUUUGUUUAUACAAGGCGCUUGUGUGGGCCUUAUCUGCUCAGGCCACUCACACCGUGAUUUCAGAGCUUCAGCAUGUAGUUUACGGGCUAUUGUUCUGUCGAAUGGCUUCUAAAGAUAUGCUCAUGGCCUCCCACCUCAUUAUAAGCAACUUGCAAGUUCAGAUUUUUAAAACACCCUAUCUGUCCUCCGCCCUGGCUGGCAUGGGUUUAUGCUUAGUCGAUGUUGCCAAGAAUAGAAAAAGGUAAUGAUUUCCAUAGAUUUUUUUAAUGAACAAGUCAAUAGCCAAUUGAUAGGCAUACAGGCGUUUUGGUGUAGCCUAUUAGGUCGCUAUUGACCUAAUUGGGGGAAAACAUUUUCUCAGUACAUUGGCUAGUUUUAUAUUGGCCUAAUUUAAAUAAAAUAAUUUGUAGAUCAAGUUGUAUUCCUAUAAAAUAUAUCUAUGAAUAUACUAAUAAACUCUCCAUACAUUAUAUGAUCAUGAAUGGGUUGUCAAUUUAUCAUGGGAGUAAGAUAGCCAAUUGGGCAUGCAAUGUUAAUUAGAUUUUGGGCGCUCAAUUGACCAUUUAAUGAUACAUUUUUGUGAAUGGGUGUGUGUCUGGCUGCCAAAUCUGUGUUCGUGAGUCGUGGCUGACGUCACGGCCAGUUAAACAGCAGUUUUUUGGGACCGGGGAGUCACGAAGCAAGAGGACACAUUCCUUUGCACCGGGGAGCAGGCACGCCCCUCAAAGCUCCGCUGCUUUAUAACGGGACUGGGCCGGGCAGAGGGAGACAACACAACUGUAACUCUGAACUCCAAGUGGAAGCAACUGUUCCCGUCAAAUACGUACUGGGAUACCAUCCUGAAAUCCAACGAGAGAAACAUAGACACCAGAGACUCUAAAAUAAAGAUGGAUAUGUACCAAGCUGGAUAUUAUAUGGAAGAUUUCAGGACACAGGAAGUCCCUGCUGGUUUGGACUUUGCAUCAUAUGACUACAGUGAUGAAGACCUGUCUUUUCUAUUAGACAGUAAAGGACCCGGGCAGCAGCAGCAGUAUCCAGAGAGUUAUGGAGAGCUCCAGAAGAAUCCAUGUCCGUAUGACAACAAAGUAACCUCCAGUGACUCUGUCCUGUUCAACCUGGAUUCAUACCCAGAGUUUAACUGUUGGGCAUCAUACCCAAGUGAUGGGCUGACUUUGGACCAGUCUCAAGCGGGGUUCCAGGAUUCCACCCAGACGUACCACAGCCUUGUGCCCCUGUGUUCUCCAGCCCAGAGUGGACAGUUCAGCCCGGGCAUGGAGGAUGCCAGCACCAGCAACUCCUUCCUCCCUGGAAAAGGAACGAGCCAGAGCGGGUCCCCCAGCACUGUCAGCCUGGACCACCUCAGUGAAGCUGAACAAAGCUACACCCGUAACUCAGGUGAACAACUGUACGACUCAGAAGCACAGAAGACGUCACCCUCCUUCUGGCCAGACUACCCCUCUCCCAGCUACAGCGCAUCCCUGCUGCCCCCUCACCACCCUCCAUCUUGUUCCUCAACCCCUGGACCACAGCAGCCUUCAGUGCAAUACUGCCCCCGUGUGGCCAAACGCAAAAGUACACACUCUCAAAGACACGAGAGGGAAAGAGGACAAGUGAUGGGAAUGUCAGUUUAUCCAGGAUCAGGGCCCAUCCAAUUGUGGCAGUUCUUACUGGAGCUGCUUCUAGACUCCGCCUGCUGUACCUUCAUCUGCUGGACAGGAGACGGUUGGGAGUUCAAGAUGUCCGACCCAGCAGAGGUGGCCAAGCGCUGGGGCCAGUGUAAGAACAAGCCCAAGAUGAACUACGAGAAGCUGAGCCGUGGCCUGCGCUACUACUACCACAAGAACAUCAUCCACAAAACGACGGGCAAGCGCUACGUCUACCGCUUCGUCUUGGACGUGCAGGGGAUGCUGGGAAAGACGGCACAGGAGGUCCUGGCCAGCCUGAACAUUUUACCCACGGGGACAGAGUCCUCCUGGCAAGGCCAGGGGGCACCAGUAUCAUCACCAGUGUCCAGCGAAGCAUGGGCGUCGCAGUAGAGGGAGUGUACCAGCAGCACUGGUUCUCAUUGGUGCUAUUGUCUCUUGAUAGUGUUAUGGCUACAUCACUAGAAAUAUGCUAUGUAGCACAAGCAUGCCUCUUUGACAUGUAGAAAAGGAAUAACAUCGGCUCUAUUCAUGGGAUUUCUAUCUGCAACAUUAGACAAUGUUCGGUGUAACACUUUUAUUACCAAGUGAUACAGUAGGAGCCAUAGCUGUGGGAAGUAGGCGUAUUGAGGUUGCUGCAGCACUACUAAAAAGUAUGUAGUAGCCUUCAAUUUGAUUAGGUUUUAGUGUAUGACUUACCUCCUAUUAACAUCAGCAGAAUAAGAGCUCAAUGAAACGGUAAGCCCAGCUGUCUCCAAUACUGAUGUUCUUUAUGGUAAUGACAUGGUUAGUGAUGAACAAUCCUCCUCCAUCCUCAAGUACUUCUUGCCCCCUCUAAAAUAAUGGGUGCAUGACACCCCUGCUUAGCACCCAUGCUGUUGAACAAUGUUUGACAUUAACUUUGACUGUGAGGAUCUGUCUAUUUUUAUACUCUUACAUAUCUACCUCUUUUAUUGCUGACAAAAUAAAGCUAAGAGGGACAAUGCUUGUUCUGUUGAAUAUAAUGUGUGAUUUACAUGAUUUAGGGAACAAUGUUUGUAAAAUGAUUGUAAAUAAACUGUACAUAACCUGAAAAUACUAUUGA